CAACGAUACACAAAAAAUAAUUAUAAUAUAUGUACAAAUAUACACACUGCCCUUAUAACCUUUUGUUGAAAACAACUCUCUCUGGAAGAUUGUUUAGAAAGUUUAUAAAAUUAAUAAUUUAUUUAAUGGAUAAAAAAAGGUGAAUUAUAUAAUUUAUCUCAACUUAAUUGUAUACUAGUGUCAGUGUCACCGUUAUCACAGCAAUGUCGACAAUUAUUGAUGAUAAGAUAGUAGCUGGUGCGAAAGGAUCCAGUGAAAUUAAACAAGAUCCCAUUAUAGCUUUAACAGAAAGAGUUAAUUCACUGUAUCAUUAUCGUGAUCAUUAUUUUGAAAAUCAUUUGAUUGAGGAUGCUAUAAACAAAAAUAAUGAUAUAGAAAAAGAAAUGAAAGAGACCUUGGGAAAGUUUGAUGAGUAUAAUGGAUAUGAAAUAGAGGGUUCAAGAGCCAAGUAUUAUUAUUUAAAGGGUAAAACAUUUAAUGUCGUUGAUCGUUUCGUUCCUCAAGCUGAGGAAUUGUUGAGUAAAGCUGUUAAAUUAGAGCCAAAAUUAAUUGAUGCUUGGAAUGAAUUGGGUGAAUGUUAUUGGAAAAAAGAUGAUAUUAAACAAGCUAAAAAUUGUUUUAUUGGUGCUUUACCUCAUGGAAGAAAUAAAACAUCUUUGAGAAAUUUAUCAAUGGUAUUGAGACAAGAAUCUGUUGAUAAUAAUCGACAAAAAAUAGAUAAUAUUAGACAAGGUGUGGAAUAUGCCAAAGAAGCUGUUGCUUUAGACACUAUGGAUGGACAAUCGUGGACAAUUUUAGGCAAUGCAUAUUUAGCUUCAUUUUUUACAAUUUCACAAAAUCCAGCUACGCUACGACUUUGUAUGUCAGCUUAUCUUCAAGCAGAGAAAGAUGUAGUGGCUAAAAGUAAGCCAUAUUUAUUUUUUAAUAAAGCAACGGCACUAAAAUAUCAAGAAGAGUAUAAAUUAGCAUUAGAAGCAUUUGAACGAGCAAUAUCUUUAGAUCCGACUUGGGAUGCACCACGAAAUAAAUGGGAUGAAUUACUCAAGUAUCUCAAGGAUGUACAAAACUUGAUAACAUCUAAAGGUCGUUUAAAAACAAAAAGAUUACAUCAAAUGAUUAUGGGAUUAGAUAAAAAACAUAUGGGUCCCUAUAAAAAUGGUUCAUAUGCAUCUGGUGAUAAAUCUAUUAAAUUAGAUUUAAUAUCUUUGAAGGAUUUAAAACAAGGAUUGAACAUUGAAAAAGUUGUCUUUGGAAAAGUCGUUUGUUGGAUUCAAAAUACUGAUGCAGUACCAUUCACUUUUUGUAUGGUUGAUCAAUAUACUAGUUGUUUAGCUGUAACUGUUUAUAAUUUAGCUGAAGGACGUGGUGUUACUGUUGGUGAUUCGAUUACAAUUCCUGAGCCUUUUUUAACGCAUCACAAAUUUCCUUAUUCUGGUAACGAGUUUGACUUUAAAUCUAUACGUGUUGAAACUCCUGUUGUUUUGGUUGUAAAUGGUAGAAAAUUAGGUCGCGAUCAACAAGCAAGCGCACAACUUUCAAGUUACAAAAGAUCUGAUUAAAUAAAAUAA